GCGGGGUGAAGUCCGAAGGUGAAAGGUGACAUCAUCAGGAGACCGGGACGUUUCAACAGCUUUGACAUGUCUGAAGUGAGCAGCCAGCUGCCCGCAGAGCCCAUCUCUGCGGUCGGAGUAAUCGCCUCAAUCAACAAGGCACCUGAUGGCUUCUAUGUUGUUGCACAAACAACAGAUGGCUCUGACGCCGACCUGUGGAAGGACGGCUUAUUCAAAUCCAAGGUCACUCGCUACCUCUGUUUCACCAGAAAAGCUGGGCCCGACGUUGUUGUGGACGUGAAGGUGAUUGACAUUAAGGACGCCUUGCCAGAGGGCUUCACACCUGUGGAAGAAACAAUGGACACAAAGGAAGCUGCCAUGAGGAAGAGGAGGCUCUGUGUGAAAAUCAGCCCUCGUGCGGCUGCCGAGACGGCUGUAUAUGACAUCCAGAUCAUUGCGAAGUCCAAGUACCAUCUUGUUAACUACACCUGUAUAGGUGAGAUAAACAAUAUGGGGAUGUGGUAUCGGAUUGGAGAUGUUCCCCAGCAUCAGUCGUCCCAGGAAACGUCCAGUACAGAUAACACAGCCGCUCCACCCAACACAGCAAGCAGGAGGACCACGAGCAGGCCGGACUAUGAGCACCAGAGCAGUGGGAAUUACACCCUGACAGCUCUGGACGAUGUGCCCUUUGUGGUCUCUCAGAAGUUUUUUGAAAACCCCAAAGAGAUGCAGCAAGUCAAUUUAAUGGGCAUUACGAUCAAAUCCCUGGCAGAGAUCGAGGAGGAAUUUCACUACAACUUCAGCACGGAGCGAAGCAUUGCUGUGUAACUUUCCACACAGCUUUACAACCUGAGGGCCAGAGCCACGGGGACAAACACUGCAGAUGGACUAAAGGGAUCAUUUGUAAAAUAAUGAACUCAUGAAAUCAAGAAAAAGUUUGGGAUACACCCCAGCUGUAUAGUAUGUAAUUUAAGACAGAAAAAGUAUUUUUGAUCAUGUACAACUGUGCACAUUAAAUUUUAGAAAAUUUUCAA